GCGUAGAUAGAACAGAGAACAAGGAAGCAACAUGUGCCGACCAUAAUAACUCCAACAACACAUCAUCGCAGACGAGAGAGAGGAGCUCAUCGCUUAACUGGAUAUUCACAGGCAGGAUAUUUGAUAACACAAUAUACCAUGAAACGAGAGGUGAAGGCUGGAGUCAACUUCCUGAAACGUCUGGCUGUGGCACGUGGCAAGCUCGAUGAAGCCAAGGCAGAAUUGUUUGCUGAGAAGCUGCAGAAACUAUUAUGUGACAAAUACGAUGACCACUGGUACCCUGACUGUCCCAGUAAAGGCCAGGCAUACAGGUGCAUUCGGAUAAAUAACGGAGUACCCUGUGAUGAAGUGGUUGUUAAGGCCUGUGAGGAGAGUGAGCUAUCGCCCAGCAAGCUGGGUCUUCCACAUGAAAUCACUCUGUGGAUUGACCCAAUGGAGGUGUGUGCAAGAUCUGGGGAGAACAGCAGGCCCUUCACAAUAGCCUGCUUCAGUGAAAAAGAGGAAGAUGAGGAGCUUGUUAAGGGAGAGCAGGAUGACGCUUCUGUGAACCUGGAUACGUCAGAUUACCACUCUGCUACCUCUUCGGAUUGUGGUUCCACUCCGUCGAGCGACACAGAAGAGGAGGCUAAAGAUGGCGAGCUGGAGGGAGAGCAAGAAAAAGAUGGGGAGGUUGUGAAGAAGAAUGUGACAAUAACCAUGGUGCCCAGGACUAGGAAAUGGCACGGAGACGGAAUAAAUAAAGUCAAAUACAUUGGGAAGAAGAUCCCUGCUUCUCUCCAGUACUUCUACCACCCAACACCAGUGUGGCCUCAGUAUAAAAAGGGUACUCCGGUGUUCCUGACCACAGUGUGUGCACCUCCAGCACCUCCACCUCCACCCCAGCAGGUUUUUGGCUACUACAUCUUGCCACAACCAUCACCCCAGUUCAUCUUGCCUCAGGCCACACUUCAGCCAUGGGGAGCUGUGAAGGGUUAAACCGUCCAGAAACUGCAGGAUGAAGGGCACAUAGAACAUUGUAUGCUCCUUCAGUUGAGCCAUGUGGUAAAAGUUCUGCGUUUAGCCAAAUUUGGGCCAGAAAGAGAACAUUUUUUCACCCUGAAGUUCAAAUCUUUUAUAAUUCCUCUGGUGACCUGCCAGUUCAUGGCUGCAAUACCACUGAACUUGAGCCAAAACUCUUGAACCUGCUGUGUCUGCACUGCUUUAUUUCUCAUGUACUGUACUAAUUAAGAAUGACUUCAGCCACUGGGUGUGUAGAUUAACUCAGGAAAUUUCAGCAAUUUUUGUAAUGCCAAACAAUAAUCUCUGUUCUCUUUGGUUUGGAUCACUUUUGCCAGUUCUCUGAUGGUUCAUGAUGUACAAAUCAGUUAAUCUUUUUGUAAAAUGUGAUUCAGGGUUUUAAUAAUUUGUAGCUGAAUUUAGAAUCUCUAUAUAUUAAGAAGAGUGUUUUUACUUAUCAGUGAUGCACAUAUUUUCUUACUAUUUUCUUGCAAUUCUGUUGGCCACCAGUGGAUGGUGCCCAAGUUACAUCUAACAUGUGAAAUUAUAUAUAUAUUUUUUCUUUUCUCUGUUUUUAAAUGAACUGUGGCUGCUGUACAUUGCAAAUCUAACUUCACUGGAUACUUUUUUAAUGCUAGACCAGGGCUGUUUUUAAGCUAUUUAUUGUAAAUAAUUGUCUUUAUGAGAAACUGCUACAGCUUUAUAAAUUGAAUACAAAUGCAUGCUUCACGUAUUCACUGAUGUAAUUAUUUGGAUGAAUAUUUAUUUACUGUUCUUGCCACUUCAGUGUUCAUUAUUUAGUUUUUUUUCUUUUGCAGCUGUCAUUUUCUUUCUUUUAAUUUUUUACAAUGCAGAUAAAAGAAAUUUUUACCUAAA